AUGAAAGCCCUUGAUAUCGGCAUCAGAAGUCAAAUGAUUGGUAGCGUCUAUAAUCCGUAUGGCCGCGCGGUAGCUGAGAUUGCUAUGAAAUGGACUAAAGUUCUGAGAAAUGGAGCUCGUGGGGUGAGAUUCAUGGGUGUUGAUCUAAACACAAUCAUGUUCAACAUGGAACGAGGCCAAGACAUGACAGAGUUGAAGGAGUUUGCGUUGAACCAACCUGAGGCCUAUGAAAUAAGGAUUGGCGAUCAAGUUUUUCGAAGACCUCUGGAGGAAGUUGUUGAGAAGCUCCAGAAUGAGAAAAAGAGAGUGGAGAAUGACAGUCCAGCAGAGAGCAAUAGGCAUUUGAAAGAGGAACUGUAG